AUGCCUGAACCUGAGCUCCACCACCACCACCGCGUCGUGAAACAGUUUCUCCGCUCGCUGGACGAGUUGCUUGGCUCGCCUUUAUCGGAUGAGACCCGCACCGCCCAGGCCCACCAGAAAUGGAGCCGGCUCCUGGAUGCCCAGUUCCGUGAGUUUUCCGUCGAUGUUUAUGAUGAAGUGAAGCGUCGUAUGGAACAACCGCAACAACCUCCGGUCUCGACGUCGCCGCUGUUGCCCUAUACCCGUCACCAGGCACGCCUCAGUCUCGCCCUGCUCUCGCCACACCGCUUCCGUGACCUUGUCGGCGACUAUAGCCAUGAGCUCGAGUGCCGGGGUCUCCACCAGCUCCCCUCUGUGUCUACUUGA